AUGCUGCCGAUGACACCGGAGCUGGUGUCUGACCACGUUAAAUGGAUAUACAUCUCCUCGGCCAUGUAUCUACUCAGCAUCCUCGGCUAUAGAAUAGCCCUGCUGCUGAUGUACCUCCGAUUGUUCGGGGUCAACCAGUCUUUCAAGUACGCAACGUGGGCCGUGUUGGUCUUCGUUACUGGCUAUUUAUCCGCCAACUUCAUCACCUUGCUCUUCGGCUGCACGCCAAUAUCGAAAUACUGGAAGCCUGACGAACCCGGCCACUGCAUUGUUCUCGUUCACGCUGACUAUGCCUACGGGUCAAUGAAUGUCAUUUCCGAUGUGUUACUAUUUCUUCUACCUUUGCCGAUGGUAUGGCAGCUGCGGCUGUCUCCUAGAGAAAAGUUCGGACUGGUCUUGAUAUUCAUGAGUGGGAUCGCCAAUUGCGCAGUGACCACCGUCCGAUUCGCCCUUCUAGUCCAAAACCUCAACGCCCCCGACACCGCCUGGCUCGACGCAAGGACCUUCCUCCUAACCGCCGUCGAAAUCAACACGGGUCUGAUCUGCGGCUGCAUGCCGGUCCUGAAACCCUUCUUCCGCCACCUCCUCUACAAAACGCCACCGGAUCGGUCGCCCCGGCUUUCCGACGCCCGGUUCGGCGCGGUCUGGAUGGGCAAGUGGCCCGACGACCAGACCCGGGGCAAUUACCGGAACUGGAUCGAGUUGGAGCACGGCAGCGACAAGAAUUUGGUCCACGUGAUCGUGGACUAA